AUGAAGUCGCUUCGGUCGCCCGUCGCGAACUUCAACCUCAGGUCCCCGACGGCGAAGAGCGCACCCGCAGCGCCGCUACCACCUGGUGCGUACAAGCAACGCUUCCGCGCGACGGUCCACCGCGUUAUGGCGAUGCGCCGUGCGUCGACGAUGAUGAUGUCCUCGGGACGUAUCGGCGCGGAGCCGGGCAUCGACCCCCGCCGCGCGAGCGCGAACGCGCACUAUGGCCAUAUCCGUCAACAAUGCGUGAUCGAGAUUGUGGACUACUCUGUCACGAAGUGCAGCGUCGGUCGGAUGGGGAACCGCGAGCUGGUGGAGAUGCUGGGUUCGCAGGAGGCGAGCAAGCGGGAGCCGUGGGCGAGGGUGCGGUGGAUCAAUGUUGGCGGGAUCAGUUGGGAUGUGUUGAGUACGUUGGCGCUGCGAUACGACAUGCAUCCCCUCGCGAUUGAGGAUGUCAUCCACCAACACGGCAGCAAUGCCCGCUCCAAGGCGGACUACUACCCACAACAUCUCUUCCUCCGCAUCCUCUGUCACCGUCUCGCGUCUGAAGAUGACGGCGAUGAUUCUGACGACCCGGGAAGCAUAGACCCGGGCAAGAUACCCCGCUCGGAUUCGCCUGAACCCAUGGAAGAGUCCGAUUACGAGCCAAAUGGAUGGGGGAGCAAGCGGCCGGUAUCAAUCAAGUUUCCAACGAAGCGAUUCGGGUCUGCGAACGGAGCUGCAGCAGAGGACGUGGAGAUGGUCCGCGGGAGACACACAAAGGCCGCCUCAGUCGCACCCCAGCCGCUGAAGCUGCAGAAGACCUACACGCGGGAACAGAAGGCAUUGCAAAAACUCAAACUUGAGAACGAGGAUCGGGUGAAUGUCAAGAUCAGCCCGGUCUGCAUUUUCCUCUUCCGUAAUGGUAUGCAUUGGCCCCUCCAUGUACCCGAGUCGAACCUUGACUUCAUGGCGCCCAUUCGGGAGCGCCUCCGCCAGGCUGACACAGGACUACGGAAAACCGCGGACCCUUCAUUACUCGUUCAGAGCCUCAUUGACCUCAUCGUAGACCAGGCUCUCGAGGUGGUCGAGGAGUAUCAGGGCAAGAUUCUCAAGAUCGAGCGGGACGUGCUCAUCCGUCCGAAGAUGAAAACUGUGACAGCACUGCACAUGAUGCAAGGAGACCUGAACAUGCACAAACGUACGCUGGAGCCGAUCAAGACACUCGUGUACGGCCUGCGCCGAUACGACGCCGACCGCGCCGCGGCGAUAAUGGCGAGUGAGGGGAAGGUAUGGGAGGCAGUGACUAGGCCGGCGGGGUUCAUGAGCGAGAAGUCGAAGAUAUAUCUGGCGGACGUGCACGACCAUAUGGAAUACAUAUUGAUGAGCCUGGACAUGUUCGCGGGAGUCAGCGACAACCUCGUCAACUACACUUGCAAUAUGGUGUCGUACCAAAUGAACGAGGGCAUGCGGCAACUGACACUCAUAACGAUCAUUUUCCUUCCUCUUACGUUCCUUUCCGGAUACUUUGGGAUGAACUUCACGCCGUUCCCGGCGGUGAACAACAACACCGAUUUCUUGUUCUGGAAGAUUGCGAUACCAAUCAUGGCCGUCGUGAUGCCGUUGUUCUUGUGGUCCGACCUCAUGCGCGCCGUGCGGAACAUCGGCAAGCACUUGAUUCGGCGGGUGAGCAGUACAAUACUGUUGCGAGGUACCCUGGCAUGCGCUGACAGUCUGGUAGGAUCCAGUGCGAUAGUGUUCGUGUCUGUCUGA